UUUACAUUUUGACUGGAAGUUGCGUGGUAAGGUAAAAACGCGUGAUUUCUUCCAAAUUCGUCAUGUUCCAUAAUGGUUUUCAAAAAAACUGGUCUCAUCUUAUUACUUACGGUUUGCUUAGCCGAUAUUAACUACGACUACGCCCCGACACAAAGUACGCCAGAGGAAGAUGGAAGCACAGUUGAAAGUCCUCAAAGGACCAGUCGGACCAAUUCGAGUGAUCUGCACGAAGUACUUGCAAGGAGGACAUUUAUCGACAACUGUUGUAGUGGAGAGACUACUUGUCCGGGGCUAUCAUCUCUGGAACAAGUCCGCGCUUUUGCAGACACAAGAGACGGGAAAAUGAUGGACAGUUUGCGAAUGGCGACCAAGUACUCUCGCUCGCGGAUUAUAACACUGCAGCCAUAUAAAAACUUGAUAUUUGCGAUUGAGGGUCCAACGACACCAUUCCAUCGGCAACUGACCCCUAGAAUGUCGCUAACAAGUACUACAAGAAGACGGCGACGGAGAACCUCGACUACGCGGUUAAGAAGGCGCCGCCGCACAACCACCCCAUACUAUGACUAUUACUACGACGACACCACAACUGCCAUAAGGCGUAGGAGGCGCUCAACCACUAAAACGACUCCUGCGUACUAUGACGAUUAUUAUUAUGAUGAGAAAACGACUCGGAGGAGACGAACGUCAACUUCUUCUCCGGCGACGUCAACUCUAUCUGCGAAAGGAAAAGUGGAUGAUUAUUACGACUACGCAACAGUCACCAGAAGGAGGAGGAGGCGAACGUCAACAAAGGCUCCUGAGUAUUACUACGAUGAUUACUAUGAUGCACCUACAACCAGAAGACGACGGAGCUCCACAUCGCCAACAGCAACCACGCUUGGCGCGAACAACAGCACAAUUACUAGCAGUAUAUCUGCAGUCUCGACAUAUAUAAGUUUGGCAAGUGCAAAAACAAUUCUGAAAAAUGAUAACAAGGAAGAAACAAGCCAAAGUUCAAAAUCAACAAAUGCGCCCCAGGUUGAUGAUUCGGAUCCAUGAACUGUUUCUUUUGAUUGAAUA